AUGAGUACUACGACAUACUAUUCACUGUACAUGCAAUUGUGUCAUGUUACUGAAGAGGUGUUGAAAAACCAGCUUCGACAAUUUGUGACUCGAAAUCCAGAAAAACGAGAAUUUCCAGUGCUGGACUUUGUGCUAGAGGAAAUUACAAUACCUGACGAAGUAUUCAAUUGGAUUACCAAUGCCCACAGUUGCCAUCCCCACGUGCUUUCCAGUGUAAUAACAAAAAAGAAACAUCUAGAUUGGGUGGUACAGGAAACACUGCAAAGUUUAAAAGAGAGAGAUUAUAAGGUUUUAAGCAUCAAAGAAUUUGGAGACCUACUGGAAAAUAUGCCCUACACACCAUCAGCAUAUGAACAAUAUUAUUUAUGUAAGUUGUUAUCUGAUAGUAACUAUGAAGAUGUAGAUAAACCGCAUCCUGUAGAAAAUAUUACGAAGAGGUAUAAAGACAUUGUAUCUCAUAUCGAUGAAAGCAUCUGUAAAAUCGCAUAUCUAGCUGAUUGUGUAUCACUAGAACGUUUAAUCGAUAUUAUACAGCAGCAUGAUAUUAAAUUUGUAUUUGAUGUAGAAAAUAAGAUGAGACAUUAA